AUGGAUAGCGCGCCAUGGGCAGCAAUCAAGACCCAACAAGUCACACUACGGAUAUUGAGUGUGCAAGUUGUAUAUUACAUUAUAUGUUCUCAUUUAAAAUGGGUCACGUUUGCGUUGGGGCAGAAUAGAAUACAAGACCCGCAUACUCCGUACUUGGACUGCAAAUACGUCUGUUUACAUGCGACGCACAUUCGCGAAGUCGUAGAAUCAAGUUGGAAAAACUAUGUAACAUGA